GCACUUGAGAAGUUGAGUUCGAGCGAGGUCGACGCGAUAUUGCGCAAGCGUGCUAUCUGUGGAAACCUCUUCCGGGUUGGAUGAUCUUCAUGGUCCACGUUUUCCACAUGGUCUGCACUCUUUUAGCAGUAUUUUCAGCAUUUUGCAGGACAAUGGCUAAGAAUGAAGAGAGGACUUUUAUAAUGGUGAAGCCCGACGGAGUCCAGCGUGGGCUUAUCGGAGACAUCGUCCACCGAUUUGAGAAGCGUGGAUAUAAGCUUGUCGCUGGAAAGAUGAUGAAGGCCAAUGAGGAUCUCCUCAACCAACAUUAUAGUGACCUGAAGGAGAAGCCAUUCUUCCCUGGUCUCAUCAAACACAUCGCAAGUGGACCAGUCUUUGCUAUGGUUUGGGAAGGAAAGUCUGUUGUGAAACAGGGCCGUGCAAUGCUUGGUGAAACUGAUCCUCUGAAGUCAUUGCCCGGAUCGAUCCGUGGUGACUAUUCCAUUGACAUGGGCCGCAACAUUAUCCAUGGAUCUGACAGUGUAGAGUCGGCUAACAAAGAGAUAGCGCUCUGGUUUAAAACUGACGAGGUCAUAAGCUAUAAACUCUGCACAGAAAGCAGCGUGUAUGAAUAACAACAUUUCUUAUUAACUUUCAAAAUCAACCAUGAGUGCAAAAUAUUGUGACUAUAUGUUCUGCCUUGCCUCACGUAUACUUGUAUGCUCCAUGGGUACAACAUGGUUUAGGAGAGUGUAACAAUCAUAAUUCCUAAAUUUGGCAAUCUUUAGUGAAAAUCUCCAACAAAAGGAUAACAUUUUAUUGAAUGCUACAUUGCAUUACGUUGUCAUUGUAGCAGUCAAUGGACUGUGUAUCCACUAUUGAUACACUUCACACAAAAGGUACCUAUGGUAUCGUACACAUUUAUUUGCCAACCAUCUUCUUAUUUUGCACUCAUAGCUGGAUUUUUCAGGUAAUUUAAUGACCAAUAUGUAGUGUUAAACAUUUUUUGUGUCCCAUACCGUUAUGUCCAAUCACAGCAAACUGAAGAAAGUAUUUACAGAUGGUGUCUUUUCAAUGCAGUUAUGUCUCGUCAAAUCCAAUAACGACACACAUAAAAUAAGUAACAAUGAUUUUACUAAUAGCUGUAUCCUGAGGGAUAAAGAUCUAUCAUGUUGUAAUUGAAUUCUACCUAACAAAUUUGUUCUCUUGUUUUCUGUAUUAAAUGAAGUAGCAUUUAUGUCUAGUUAUGACUCAUUGAAUAUGAUCAUGUCCUUAAUUGAUGUUGCCAAUACUUGUAUUUAUUUUCCACUUGUAAAAUGUUUCAUUGUUUAAAGCACAAUUCGAUGUAAUCUCUGUGCCUAAUUUCACACUUGCGUGUUGGUCAUGAACCAAAAUUCAUUCCAAAUGGAUUUGAGGUGGUAUUUUUGUAGCUGAACUACACUGUAUUCCAGACUGAUACCGCCGGAAGCAGUAUUCAUGUAAGAUUAUUCUUAAUAGCCAAGGUAAUCUUCCAGAAUAUGACAAUUGACAAUGACAGCCAGUCACUGCAUAUGUACCAUACAUUAGUCUGCCAUUUUGUUCAAUGAUUUAUGGGAAGAAAAUAUAUGAGGAAGAACACUGUAA